AUGGCAUCUCGAAAUCGAGAUUAUGGUGGUUCAAAACAUGAAGGGAGAGAACGGGACAGGGAUCACACUGGAUAUUCAAAGCGAGAAGAUCAAGGGAGACCUAGGGGCCGUGGUGAAAGUGAGUGGGAAAGGAAGAAACGUAGAGAUGAUGGAGAUGGAGAUUCUAUCCGGGACAGAGGGAGGGUAGAUAAAAGCCGGGAUGAUCGAGACAGGGCAAGGAGAAUUGCAGAUGAUCUCCCAGGUUCUGAUGAGAGGUAUGAGAAGGAGAAAAGGAGGAAAUAUGAUAAGAACUACUCUGAGGUUGACAACCGUAUGAGGGAAAGGAAGGAGGAUGAAAAGACUCAUGAGGAAGCCAAUGAGGAUGACCUAGAGAAAGAGAGGAAGUUGGGUAAGUAUCAACCAGAUGAGCAUGGUUUGGCAAGAUCCUACUUAUCUACCAACAAUGAAGAUAUGAAAGCUGCAUUGGUAAAAGAGGAACUUGGAGAAUCAAUGGAUAUGGAUGUUCCUCCAAUAAAUAAUACGAGCAAUGACUUGGAGAAACCACCUGUGAAAAAGGAGCCCCUUUCACUGGAGGAACUAUUAGCAAAGAAGAAGGCAGAAGAGGCAGCUAAAAGCAAACCAAAAUUCUUGACUAAGGAAGAAAGAGCAGCAGAGGCUUUGAGACGCAGGCAAGAACAAGCCAUCAGGGAACGAUAUCUUGGGAUGAUGAAGCGAAAGCGACGAGUGAGACGUUUGAAUGAUCGCAAGUUUGUCUUUGAUUGGGAUGCAUCAGAAGAUACCUCACUGGAUUACAAUCCACUGUAUAAAGAGCGUCAUGAGGUUCAGUUCUUUGGCAGGGGACACAUUGCUGGUAUAGACAUCAAGCAACAAAAACGAGACCAGUCAAAGUUCUACGGAGACCUUCUUGAAAAGCGCAGGACUCAGGCAGAAAAGGACCAGGAGGCAAUCCGUUUGAAAAAAGUUAAAACAAAAGAAGACAAGCAGAAAUGGGAUGACCGUCACUGGUCUGAGAAAGCUCUAGAUGAGAUGACAGAACGAGAUUGGAGAAUAUUCAGAGAAGAUUAUAAUAUCACCAUCAAGGGAGGCAGAGUCCCAAAUCCUCUCAGGUCUUGGAAGGAGUCCAAUCUCUGCUCAGAGCUGCUUGAAAUCAUCAUUCGCUUAUCCUAUGAUGAACCCACCCCAAUUCAGAAACAAGCCAUCCCAAUUGGUCUUCAGAACCGUGACAUUAUUGGAGUUGCUGAGACUGGGUCUGGCAAGACAGCAGCAUUCCUUAUUCCUCUUCUUACAUGGAUCAUGUCCUUGCCAAAAAUGCAAAGGAUUGAGGAUGCUGAUCAAGGUCCAUAUGCUAUCAUUCUGGCUCCAACCAGAGAAUUGGCCCAGCAGAUUGAAGAGGAGACUAAGAAGUUUGGUGAGCCACUUGGCAUAAGAACAGUGGCUGUGAUUGGAGGACUUUCAAGAGAGGAACAAGGAUUCAAGCUUCGAUUAGGUUGUGAGAUUGUCAUAGCAACACCUGGCAGGUUGAUUGAUGUCCUGGAGAAUCGUUACCUUGUUCUUGGUCAAUGCACAUAUAUUGUUCUUGAUGAGGCUGACAAGAUGAUAGACAUGGGAUUUGAGCCUGAUGUAAAGAAGAUUCUAGAUCAUAUGCCUGUGACUAAUCUCAAACCAGACACAGAUGAAGCAGAGGAUGCAGAGAAACUUCUUGCAAACUUCUCAAGAAAGGACAAAUAUAGACAAACAGUGAUGUUCACUGCUACAAUGCCACCUGCUGUGGAGAGGUUGGCUAGAACUUACCUUCGUCGCCCAGCCAUUGUGUACAUUGGUUCAAUUGGAAAACCCACUGAACGUGUGCAGCAGAUUGUCCACAUGGUCUCUGAAUCUGAAAAGAGGAAGAAGCUUCUUGAUAUAUUGCUGGCUGGCAUUGAUCCUCCAAUCAUCAUCUUUGUCAAUCAGAAGAAAGGUGCUGAUGUACUUGCCAAAGGCCUGGAGAAACUGGGUUACAGUGCUUGUACUCUGCAUGGUGGGAAAGGACAAGAACAGCGUGAUUAUGCAUUGGCAAAUUUGAAAGCAGGAGCGAAAGACAUUUUAGUUGCCACAGAUGUUGCUGGUCGUGGAAUAGACAUCAAGGAUGUGUCCAUGGUCUUAAACUAUGACAUGGCCAAGACGAUUGAUGAUUACACACAUCGUAUUGGACGAACUGGACGGGCAGGGAAACAUGGAAUUGCUGUCUCAUUCCUCACCAAGGAUGAUUCAGGACUCUUCUAUGAUUUGAAGCAGAUCAUUUUGGCCAGUCCGGUGUCAACUUGCCCCCCUGAGCUUGCUAAUCAUCCAGAUGCCCAGCAUAAGCCUGGGACCGUGGCUCAGAAGAAACGCCGUGAUGAGAAGGUGUUUGUGUGUUGA